GGGGUGAAUUAUAUACUAUUUAUACAGCAUUCUGUCGUUGCGUGAGGACGUUGUAUAAACCGUGUGUUUAAAACAUCACCUUGUAUAUCAACGGAUCUGUGUUCGAUAAUUGAAUAAUUGAUUUUGUGAAUCUGUGUUACGUUUUGUUUAUUUUAAUUGUGCGUGCUACCAACUGAUGGACGAUAGAGGUUGAAGAAUUAAAGCUAUGAUAUAUUAUUUGGUGCUAUCCUGUAUUUCCCUGUGUGUCGGAGCCAUGCCUACCGUAGUGGUUAAUUAUGUAGAAUCAACAGAGAAUGAAGUGCACCCCUACAACUUUCCAUUCGUGAGCCGAGCACAAUGGCGGGCGCGGGACCCAGUGAAGACGAAUCCCCUGAGCACGCCAGUUCCCUACGUGGUGAUCCACCACUCCUACAUACCACCAGCAUGCUUCGACAGGGAGAAGUGCUGCGCAGCCAUGAGGGGCAUGCAGAACUACCAUAUUGAUGACCACGGCUGGUGGGAUAUUGGAUACCAUUUUGCAGUCGGUAGCGAUGGCGCAGCGUACGAGGGGCGGGGCUGGGAGACAUUGGGUGCGCACGCGCUACAUUUCAACACAGUCAGCAUUGGCAUCUGUCUCAUUGGAGAUUGGAGAUACGAGGUACCACCAGCACAGCAAAGGAAGACAGCGAUGGCAUUAAUAGCAGCUGGAGUAGAACUUGGCUACAUCAAACCAGACUACAAACUCCUUGGUCAUCGCCAAGUGAGGGCCACGGAGUGCCCAGGAGACGCACUCUUCAAUGAGAUCAAGACUUGGGAUCACUUUUCUCCGUACCCGAGUUCUCAUUUAGAUCUCCUUGAUAUUAAGGAGAUCCCUGAGUGGGUAAAACAAACGAUUAGAGGGGAGAAUACUACGAUACAUGAUAUUCCUUCGUAGAUAUCUUUUUAAUAUGUUUUAUAGGACAAAUGUAGUGGGAUUGUAUGUAGUUUUAUUUAAUAUUGGUCUUUACGUAGACAAAGGACCGUAGUGUCUUUUUUACCUAUGGAAAGAUAGAGUCUUACUAAAGUCUGUUAUAUCAGUUCGGUAUUUAAAAAAAGAGCAGGAUUUUUUUAAAAAGCUUUUCAUUUGUUUGGGUCCGCCUUGGGUGAGGCGAGGGGGAGUGUCAGACUUUUACUGACUAAAUACCACUCCGUUCCUACUGCUUUUCGAGCCGGAGCUCCGGUAACUGGCUAGGUAGUCCGCAGCUCCGGGUCGGGAGAUUACAUAGAACUUAGAAGUUAUAUUUAUUAGAAAAGGAUUAAGUGUAAGUGACCGCCGCACUCAGAGUAAUUUCAUCGUUACUUAAACCAGUCCUUAGCGAUUGUUUUCAAAACAAAAUUGUUAUAAAGGAAUAGUUUAAGUAAUCAACAAAUGUUUCUGAGUACGGCAGUUACUCCUAAAUAUAACAACCGAUGUUCAGCAGUUGAAAAACAUAGCCAAUAUAUUCAUGUUAAGCCAUCACAAUCUGUUCAUGCAUUAUAUUAAUUCUUAGCACUGAAAUCAAAAUUUACAUAAAAGCACAAAAUUAUGUACAAAUUAUUAUAAUUAGAUAACUGCCGAGCUCAAAGACAUUUAAUGAUUACUUAAACUAUUUCUUAGUAACAACGAUUUUGUUCCAAAAAUUGCUAAGGACUGGGUUAAGUAACCAUUAAAUGACUCUGAGUAUGGUAGCAAGACUCUCUUAGUGAUUUUUGUCGUAGAAAAAUUAUCCAAUCAAAUUUUUACAGUGUGACAUUUUAAGGUUUUUGUAAUGUCGUAAUUUUAAGUAGUUAUAAGUAGACUCUAUUUACUACCUCGUUAUCAAAUUGGGAAUUAGCACGGAGAUAUGUUUCCGAAAUUAUAUAAUUUCUACAAUACCUACACAAAUAUGCAAUAUUGAAAUAUGUAUGUAUCGAUUUUAUCUUUCUGUCUAAGGACUUGUUUCACAAUGUCUUGAUAGCCGCUAUGUAUGAAAUAACUUUGAAUUAAGAACGUAAUAUGCACACUCUUUUGAUGUGAGAAUUCACACGUUUUUAAUGGCAUCUAUAGUUUGUUCUAUCUAUAUGCCAAUUGGUAGCCUACCUAUACAAUAUUUUCUGUUCAUAUAACUUCAUAAAGUGAAAAAUAGGUUUGAUAUUAUAAUUAUAACUUAUAUUUUAUCUAUAAUAGUAAUUAAUAUUUCUGUUAAAUAUAACUAAGGCUGUGAUUACAUUGUAAGUGUUAUUUUAAUUCGUACCUCUAUUUAGCUUUGUAUAUUUAUCUUACAGUCGUAAGUGUAUUUAAUUUUAAGAUUAGAAAUUAGAAAAUAAAUUAUUCGUUUAAUUA